CAACUGAUUGUGGUCAUUCCGCAGUGUGGCGAAGGAUGGACAUCGAUAACGAAAGGGAGGGUUAGGAAAAUCCAUUUCAUCCCGCUUGAAUUAUCCAUUGACUUGCCAUCAGGGGUACAUUUUUUAAUUAGCGUAAGUCACGUUUUAUGAUGGCAACUCAAGAUGGAGAUGCAUCAAGCAAAGAACGUUCCGUUAAAAAUGUGCCGAUGCCUCCAACUCACAAACUUACAAUGUCCGAGGUGUUUGAUGAAACCGGAAAACCGAGACAGGCCGUGUUAAAGAGUCAUUUUAUUGAAGAAGGACGGAUCGAAGGAGAAGUCGCCUUACGCAUCAUUCGCGAUGCUACUGUAGUAUUGCGUAAAGAAAGGAAUGUAUUGGAGGUCGAUGCACCUAUAACAGUUUGUGGCGAUAUUCACGGACAGUUUUACGAUCUUAUGAAGCUCUUUGAAGUUGGUGGUUCUCCUUCAACAACACGUUAUUUAUUUCUUGGAGACUACGUUGACCGUGGUUAUUUUUCAAUCGAAUGCGUACUCUACUUAUGGACAUUGAAGAUUUUAUAUCCUAAUACACUGUUUUUACUGAGAGGAAAUCAUGAAUGUCGACAUUUGACGGAAUAUUUCACGUUUAAAACAGAAUGUAAAAUAAAAUAUGGUGAAGACGUUUAUGAUGCUUGUACAGAAUCAUUUGACUGUUUGCCGCUUGCUGCUUUGAUGAAUCAACAGUUUCUAUGUGUCCAUGGUGGACUUUCACCAGAGAUUCACACGGUCAAUGAUAUUCGAAAAUUGGAUCGUUAUAAGGAGCCACCAGCUUUUGGUCCAAUGUGUGAUCUACUCUGGUCUGAUCCUUUGGAAGAUUUUGGCAGUGAAAAGACAAAUGAGAACUACAGUCACAAUAGUGUGCGAGGCUGUUCCUACUUCUAUAGUUACCAUGCAAUAUGUGAAUUUUUACAAAACAACAACUUGCUAUCAGUGAUACGAGCACAUGAAGCACAGGAUGCUGGAUACCGAAUGUAUCGAAAGAGUCAGACCACUGGUUUCCCAUCUUUAAUAACAAUAUUUUCUGCACCAAAUUACCUAGAUGUUUACAAUAAUAAAGCUGCUGUAUUGAAGUAUGAAAAUAACGUGAUGAAUAUUCGUCAAUUUAAUUGUUCACCACAUCCGUAUUGGCUUCCCAACUUCAUGGACGUGUUUACGUGGUCGCUACCUUUCGUUGGAGAGAAAGUGACUGAAAUGUUGGUAAACGUUUUGAACAUCUGCACAGAUGAAGAAUUAGACGACGGUGAAGAUGACGAAGAAAAAAUGCGAGAAGCCGCCAAAAGAAAGGAAAUAAUCAAGAACAAAAUUCGUGCCAUUGGAAAGAUGGGACGACUUUUCAGUGUGCUAAGGGAGGAGAGUGACAGUAUACUAAAACUGAAAGGACUUACGCCAUCAGGUUAUCUUCCCGUUGGCGUUCUUUCUGGUGGAAAGGAUUCGUUGGAACAAGCUUUGAGCGGGGAAUGGAAAAACCACAAGAUUAAAUCAUUCAAGGAAGCGCGUGAUCUAGAUUUGGUGAACGAGCGAAUGCCACCUAGGAAAGAUAGUGCAGUUUCGGGUCAAAAGAAAACGUGAUGUACAUGUUUCAUUCGACGCAAUUUUCAACAUCGCAUUUUUAUGCUGUCGAAGCUGCAUUUAUACGUAAUCCGUAUGCACUUGCAAUAUUGAUCCUCGUCGACUCUUUUACUUACCAAAUCUUUUAUUCUUCUUUACCUUAUUUUGACGUAGAAUUUAUGCUAUCGGAAAUUUAUUACUUUUACUUCUUGAAAGUUUAUUUUAGGAAAGUUCUUACUCCUCUUUCUUUCCGCGUACUAUGUGAAAUCAAUCCAAUCUCGUUUCAUAUGGUAGUGCAUGGUGCAUUAACUAAUAUAGAAAGAUUCGGAGUGAAUUUGCUUGAGUAAACGUUCCAGCUAAAAGUAAAAGACUUUAACUUAUAUAUCGUUGAAUAUUAUUUUAAUCGUGUAGUUUCGCUCGCCUCAUUCUCUGACUAUUUAUUGUAAAAGAUGUAAAAUCUCUAUACGACGAAGAAAAUAAUAUGUAUUAUAGCGACAACAA